UCCACGUUUUGGACGGUUACGAUUCCCGUAAUGCUGCAGAGUACAGACUGAGACGAGGACCAAAAACCAGUGGCUGAGAAUUCGAUCUUUCAUUUUUCGCAGCGCCCAUCAAUGGCCGCUCUUAGCUUCGGCUUUACCGCCACCACCAUCCACCCUCCAUCAAGUUCGAUUCUCACCCGCUCUCGCCCCAGUCCCCAGACCAUAACAUGCAUCGGAUGGGACCCAGAAGGCCUCUUCGGACGGCCUCAGACCGGCCACAUCGCUCGAAAUGAGUUCAAGAGGCGGCUGGAGAAGGAUGCCGAAGCUCGUGAGGCCUUUGAGCGCCACGUCCGGGAAGAGAAAGAGCGCCGCAAAGCGCUUCGCGAGUCUCGCGUGAUUCCAGACAAUGUGACUGGCCUUAUCGAGUAUUUUCUUGAUACUGAAGCUCAGGAUAUUGAAUUUGAAAUCGCCAGGCUAAGACCCAGGCUGAACGAGGAGUUCUUUUCACAUGUAAAACUUGAGCUAGGCGAGCUUAGAUUUGCUGUUAACAAAACUGAGGCCAUGGAAGAUAGAGUGAUCGAGUUGGAAGCCUUACAGAAAGCGCUUGAAGAAGGAAUAGAAGCCUAUGAUAAAAUGCAAGGGGAACUGGUAAAGGCAAGGGAAGGCUUAACCAAAAUUUUAACAUCAAAGGAUGUAAAAGCUACUUUGCUAGACAUGGUAGAACGAAAUGAGCUCAAUAGAUCGUUACUCGCCCUUCUCGAUGAAAAUAUUGCAAAUGCACAAAUGGGUAACCAGAAACAAGCUGCUGCUUUCAUGGAAAAGGUUCGAGGGGCAGUUCUCAAGUACAUGACAGCUUAGUAUUCUUGAGUUACAGACUUUGAAGUCUUUCAAUCUCUUCUUCUCAGUCAAAUUUAGGGUAACACGUUUAUUAAAAUCAUAUAGAAAAUAGACUUGUAAUUGUGGUUAAAUUAACCCAUGUUCAUUCGAUGAUGAUGUAAAUUUUGUCUGAAAUGUGAAAUUUUUUUAUGUUCUCAAGUAAGAUUUGGUGUUGGUUGUGUUGGCGAUC